AUGUCUUCCCCCAUUGGCCCUAAUGGCAGCUACCUGCCCCCCCUCAAGUCCGCGAGUUCAAUGGGCGCAAUAGUCUUACCUGUUGAAGAGGAAAACAGCAGACACCGCAAUGGGGUUAGAUCAGAAGGAUAUGAAGACGACUUCGUGUCUGUUGGCACUUCUUCCCAGCCGCAGCCGCCUGCGCCAGGAAGCCCUUCCCCGGGAGGAUUGCAUGCCGUGACCAUUGGACCGCCCAAUGGUCCGCCGGUGGUCUAUGGGGGGGGAGCCUGGGGGAGACAGCAAUUCCGUGCAGCGCAGCACCCCACACGGGCGCAGCAGGUGCAGCCGGUGCUUAUGUCUCCUGAUGGGGUCUCCCAAUACGUGGUGGCUGCUGGAGGUGACAGAAGCUUUCGCCCACUAGGACAACAGCAGCAGCCACAGCAGCCGCAGCAGCAACUGCAGCCGCUGCAGCUGGUGCCGGAAAACGGGCGUUUGAUGCGCUUCAAGACCUUCAAGAGUUCAGCAGCAAGGAAAAUCGAUCUACACAUCAAACAGGGGAUGGGGCUGGUGUUUAACUUCACUUCUUUUAAUGGCCGCUGCAUCGGGCCUGUCUUAUACCCGCCAUGGACGGAUCCUGCGUCUAGCAGAAUGCCUAGGUUGGUCUCGUUUGGCUACGGUGCAUGUGAGACUAACUUGGGGCUCCGCGACACCUAUCCAGAGGCAGCAGCAUCAGAUGAACCAGCAACAGCAGAUCCAAAUGUGCUGCUGCAAAAGCUAUUUCCUCCCAAAAGAUGUGCUUGGGGAACGUGUGCGGGAGACAGGGGAUGGCCUUCCAAUCUCGUCAAGAACGGAGCAAGAGCUGCAAACCCUGCUUCUUCGGAUUCCCCCAACUCUCGCAUACUGUCGACCUUGGGCGCCCUUGACACGAACCUUAUCCGCAACUAUGGCGAAAUAUACAGGGUCUUUUGGGCCUCCUUUUUGCAUGGGGGUUGGGUGCAUUUGGCUAUAAACAUUCUUUGUCAGAUGGCGGUUCUCUUCAUCCUUGAACCCGCUGAGGCUUUAGAGUUUGCGACGCAGGUGUGGGGUUUUUGGCGGUGUCUGCUGACUUGGAUUGUUAGCGCAAUGUCAGGAAAUCUCCUUAGUGCCGUCUUUGAUCCUUGCACGACCACUGUUGGGUCUUCGGGGGCCCUUUACGGCCUCUUGGGAGGUCUAGUGCCAUUUGCCGUAGAGAACUGGGACUUUUUGCAUUAUCCAUGGUGUGUGCUUGCUAUCGUCAUUGUUGUCAUUGCCACUGCUCAGCUGAACAGCAUGGGGGGCUUCUCCGCAGUUGACAACUUUGCUCACUUGGGUGGAUGUCUUGGCGGUUUACUCUUCGGUUUUGCCACAAUAUACACCCUGAGACCCAUCAGAGGCGAAGACACAGGCGGAGUUGAGGGAACUACGCGCAGGGGGGCCCAGCUUCUUGUGGGGAAGUUUACUUGA